UGGAAGGGCACACACGUCACACGGCGGUGUUAUUUUGGUAGUGCGGUAUUUCCGAUAACGCUGAGUCGAGCGUUAUUAAUAAGUCAGUGUAAAGAAUAUCAUCGAGAACGUCCCACGCGGGAUAUCCGCCAGAGUAAUUAAUUUUUAAUUAUACGCGUUUUCGAGAGUUCGUUGUCGCGUACGUUGUUGCGUUGACAAAAUUCCGAGAGGUUAUGAUGCGGUACGGUUAGGCGCGUUAUUACUCAUUGAACGCCAAUUUUUCAUUUAUACGAUCGUCGGCGUGUGUCGACUCGAAUCGUAUAAAUGGAAAGCACCGAGUCCUGCUCAUCUUUCAGCAAAAACUGAGCCGAUCAAGAUCUCGUGUCACCGACAAAAUGUCAACAGAGAAGAAAGAGGAAGACCUGAAGGCAACGAUCGCCGAAUUGCGUGCAGCAUUGCGCGCGAAGGAGGCCGAGCUGGCCGAUUUGCGGCGCGAGAAGCAAGUCGUGCAGGAGUACGGCUUGAGCAAUGACGAGAUCCUCAGAUACAGCCGACAGCUCUUCCUGCGGGAAAUCAAUGUGCGAGGCCAGAAGAGGAUAAAGGACAGUUCUGUACUUGUUGUGGGAGUCGGUGGUCUCGGUUGUCCCGCUACUUUGUACUUAGCAUGCAGUGGAGUUGGUCACAUUGGCAUGGUAGAUUAUGAUAAUAUUGAGUUAAACAAUCUUCAUAGACAAGUAUUGUUUGCGGAAUCUAACAUCGGUACUGCCAAAGUAACAGCAGCGGCAGAAACCAUUAAUCGGCUGAAUAGCAAUGUUAAGGUCACUCCAUAUAAAGUCCAGCUGGACAGCAAGAAUGCUCUGGACAUCAUAAAGGAUUAUGACAUUGUGUUGGAUGCCACGGAUAACGUAGCUACGCGUUACUUACUGAACGACGCUUGUGUCUUGAGCGGGAAGCCGCUGGUUUCCGGGUCGGCGCUGAGGUUCGAGGGGCACUUGACGGUGUUUAAUUACAACGGCCCUUGCUACAGGUGCAUAUUUUCCGAGCCUCCACCGCCAGAAACUGUGACCAACUGUGGAGAUGGAGGCAUUCUCGGUCCAGCUGUGGGAACAAUUGGAGUAUUGCAAGCACUGGAGGCGCUAAAAAUCAUGCUCGACCUACCGGACGUAAUGUCCGGGCGAAUGUUACUGUUCGACGCGAUGGAAACCAAGUUCAUGAACGUACGGCUGCGCCCGAAGAACCCGGACUGCGCCGUCUGCGGGGAACACCCUGCGAUACGCGAGUUGAUAGACUACGAACAGUUCUGUGGCGCGAAGGCGAACGACAAGGAUCCCAAUUUGAACUUGCUCGAGAAGGAAGAGAGGGUAACGGUCGAGGAAUUCGAUCGAAUCGUGAAGGACGAUUCGGAGCCUCGCGUGCUGAUCGACGUGCGUUCACCUGAGGAAUAUCAGAUCUGCCGUCUAGAGGACUCCAUCAAUAUUCCAUUCACGGAAAUCGACAAGGACCGUAACUUGCAGCGGAUAAGAGACAGCAUAAAGAAGGUGCAGGAGGAGGAGCAUUCAGUAAAUUUGUAUCUUCUAUGUAGACGUGGCAAUGACUCGCAAAGGGCUGUACGGUGUCUGAAAAAGGUAUUUGCCGAAAAUGCUCGAAGCAUAAAGGACAUCAUCGGAGGCAUUCACGCUUGGAGCAAUAAGAUCGAUUCCAGUUUUCCAAAAUAUUAAAUAGAAAUAGACAGAAGAUAAGAGACUCGAUACAAUUGCAUCUUGUGAUACAAGGAAACGCCGCUUUCCGAAGAAUUCCGAAGAAUCCGACACAUUUUGGAAUUAUAUAUACACACAUUCAUAUCACGUUUAAAGGUGUAUUACAUUAGUCCGUAAGUUCCUUCCUUUCUCUCUCUCUUUCUCUCCACAUCUAUCGUUCCCAAAAAUAAACAUAUAUUCACAUUCUA